UGUACUGUAGGGCUUAAUAUUUCAGAAACAUAAGUUAUGAAAAUGUAAAUAAAGUCAAUACGUUGUCCAAUAUGUUCUCAAAAAUGGAGUUUUGUUUGACAAACAAAGCUGUUAUACAGCUGAUGUUGUUCUCGUUCUGUCUGUGUAGCCUACUGGUAACGUGUGAGUCUCAAAAAGACAAGACCAGUUUUGAAGAUGCAAGGUGUAAAUGCGUGUGCCAAAAGUUCAAGAAGGAUGAAAACAGUACAGUCAGUGACCAGACUGUGUUUAUCAGUGCAAAUGCAGAUCCAAAUAACUGUAACUGCCUUUUUGUGGUAGGCUUUAACAUAGAUCCUAAAAUGUGCAACCUGUGUCAGUGUAAAUACGAGAACAGAAACACAACUACUAUCAAGGUGGUUGUGAUCCUCAUUAUCUGUGUGAUAUCCCUGCUGCUGAUCUACAUGUUAUUCCUGCUGUGCCUGGACCCUCUGAUCACCCACCGGCCAGCCUCGUACAAGCAGCACAUGGAUGAGGUGGUUAAUUUGGAUGACCAGUCGGUGUCCCAAGUGCCCCAGUUCGAGGGCACUGCUGGAACAAGGGCAAGGCUCAGUAAACAGAAGUCCGUCAUCAAAUAUGUGUCGGACGAACAGCAGAAGUGGAAGUCUACCGUGCAGGAGCAGAGGAAGAACAUUUACGACAAGCAUACCAUGCUGAACUGAGAUUGGGUCUACAUUUAUGUUUGUGUAGACUUAAUUUGUUAGCAAAAGACAUUGUUAUGAAUAGGUCAUUGUUUUGUAAUAUUAAUUUUCUUUUAAUACUUUCAUUCUUUCUCUUGACUUUUGAAAUAAUUUUCAAUCUUUUUUUUCCAGUCAUAAUUGAACUAAUUGUUCACAAACUAAAAGCUAAAAUCUCUUGAUACAGCUUUAGUAUGUGCAAUACUUUUAACUAUUUAUUGAAAAUAUGUAUUUGAUUUAUUGUUUAACUGAUACAAUAUGAUCUGUCAUCAAACAUAUUGAUUGAAGUCAUUAUAAAUAUUGUACAUUGCUUAAACGUUCUUGUAAUCUAGACGAAUGUAUGUUAUAACUGUCUACCAUUUUAUUUGCUAAAUGACAUUCUUCUUACUGCUUGCAUAUGUUCAAACGUUCCUCUAAACAACCCUUUAAUUAACAAUUUCCGGUAUGCAUCCCCAUUCAAAAGAGUGGUUAUACACCUGUCGGUUGGUUGGAUGGUGACUCUGUGCCUGUGAAGACCAUUUCAAUUUCAUUCUUUUACAUGUGAAUCUUUUUACUAGAAAUUGUUGGGUUUGUAUGCUGGGUACUUGGGAGGAUAGAAAACACCUGGCUUGUUUUUGGUGAAAAAACUUACAGAAUCUAGUAACAUUAAAUUCCUUUCCGGAUGGUAUCUAGAUAAUUUCAUCUAGACGUAUGAUAAUCCAAACUGGUGUUGUGAUAUAGUACUCUUGCCCUAAGAUCAUCCAGUUAAGUAUGCUGAAAGAGUACUAUUGACCUGUGAAAAAUUGUAUGUUAAUUGAAAUCUAUUGACUAUAAGAUCAUCCCAAUUGGUAUCCUGAUAGGCACAGGGGCUUGUUACAUGAACAUUGUUUUAUUCUAGAGACCAUCUUGGUACUGUAAGAUAUCAUGGGAAAGACUUUAUAUAAUACAAUACCAGAUAGCAUUCUUGUUACUUCGGAGAAAAGAAAGAAGACUAGCCAUUUGAUUGAAAAUAUAUUUUGAGGUCAAGAUCACAUGGUUUGGAACAUUAAAAACAUUUUAACACAAUAUUAUGAGCACACUAAGAUCAUUCAUCUUAUAAGUAUGCUGAUGGUUGAAGAAGCACCCUUUCAAUUAAAAAUCAAGAGAUCAAAGGUUGUAGGACCAUGCAAUAUAUAAACAAUGCAGAUAUUGACAACUUUGCUAAAAUUUGAGCGGAAGCAGGAGGCAUACCGGUUUUACAAACAUCACAUGUUUCAUCCGAAUUUUCCAUGUGUGCAAUAGUUUAUAAUAAUGCAACUCUUAUAAACACUAUAUUGAUAGGAAGUGGGUUUGCCUUGAUUAUUUUGCAAACAAAAUAUCACAAACAUUCCUUUAUAUUGAUAUAUGUUUGUUAAAAUGUACGUCAUUUUGUUUGUGUGAUUGAUUGUUUGAUUAUCAACUAAAAUUGGGUUUGGUUGAGAUUUCAUAGCAGAGGAAGAUGGUGAAUGCUGUAAUAAUUCACAUUUGUAAGUAUUAGGCUAAUUAAAUAAUUCUCUCUUGAACAUUUUUGUCUAGUGUAUUGUGCAAUUGGUAUAAUUCUGUAGUACACAGCAUUUAAUCAAUGUAUUAGUUUGGGCAUACAUUUAUUUGAUAUAUAUUUGUUUGCAUGUGGCUCAUGCUUUAGAUGAAAUAAUAGCCUUCAGAAUAAAUCUGCGUCUGCCAAUUAAAAAAAUGUCAACAGUCUUUUGGGCAGCAAUUUGUAUUGACUAUUCCUUAGAUAUAGAAAAUAACAUACUAGAGCUUUAUUUACAUUUAAUAACAGCUUAAGCUUAUAAAAUGUAGAUUUAAAGAAACCCAAACAGUGUAUCAAAAUACUUUUUUUUUCUGUAAAAACUAGUAGCAAAAAAUUGUGAUUAAUAAAUUGUGUAGUUAACUGUCUACCUUAGUUUCACCAGAUUAUGUUAAAAAUUCAAAUAUUUAUAGCAUGUUAGGAAGAUGUCCUCAUUGUCUAACUGUGAGAUAGACUUGUACUGUAUGCCUUUAGAAUUAAAAGAACAUGUAACCAUUUAGAUUUGUUUUAAAUAAAUUUUAUUUACACAA